AUCUCCCAGGGAUUUCCGAGAGGCUACGAGGUGUAACUGGCAAAUCAAUGACUUAAGAGUAGCUUUCUCCCAGCCUCCCCACUGGCUCUAGAGUAUAGAGGGAAGCGAGCCUUUUCCUCCCCCACCCUGCCCCUCCCCUCUCUUCUCAUCUUCCCCUCCACUCUCCUCCCGACCCUCGCCUGGCCACUCCUGCUUUCACUUCUCUCCACUCCUCUUCGGCCCGGCCCCGCCUAGCGGCCUCCUCACUCCUCCUUGCCCCGCCCCCUAUCCCUGCGCGCCGGCGGCCGUUACCAUAGCGACGUGCACGCAGCAGUCAGGCCUGACCCGCUGGUCCCCUGCUGGCCCGAGGAAAGAGGCGGCACCAUGAGCCACGCAGUAACCAUCGAGGAACCCCAGGCCCAGCCGCAGGUGUUUCAAACUCGGUACCGGGAGAGGUCGCGGGCUGGGAGCCACAUCUCCUCCAAUCGAGCGUAUGAUUUUCUGUACGAUCCAUUGUUUAUUGUGUCAAGUGAGAAAGACCACACACAGGCAAAUAUCCAAGCCACCCUGAUUCGCAGCAGACUGAGAAAAGUUCCCAGGUUUAAAACCAUGUUCAGUAACCUGAUCCAUUAUCCAAGAUAUUCUCUAUAUUGGAGCAAGUCAGAUCCUGUCCCACCAUUUAUCAGUCGGGAAUGGAAGGGCCAUGAGGAGAAACACAGAGAAGCCCUCCGGCAGCUCGCCACAACUGACACUUCUUUUCAGAUGCCUAGAGAAGUUUAUGAAGAUCCUGAAGUUACUGGAAAGAAUCGCUAUAAAUACUUUGAAAGGCCUUUUCUUCCAUUUUUUCAGCAGAUGCCAUUCAAUGUUGUUUAUGCCGUAUCCAAGGCAGAACCAUACACUUUUCCUCCUACUUCUACUAAGCACCUAUCCAUCCCUUCAAAGUCUACUGUGGGCACUCAGACUGAUUAUCGGGAUGCUGACGUUCAAACAGAUCCAUACUCUCCAGAAUAUGUAGUAUGUCAGGACUCAAUCCCUGAGCUCUUGACCCUGGCUACGCUUACUUGGGGUCGGGGUCUGCCAGCAGGACAAGCUGAGGUGGAGAUGAUAGAAAGAGCCCGCGAGAAGCGUGCUUGGGAAGCCACUCUCCCUGCUCUGAGUGACACUUCCCAGUUUGAGAAGAGGAGGAAGAUGAUGAAUGAAAUGGAGAGGAAGGAGUGGGCCUUCAGAGAGCAGGAGAUUGAAAAACUGCAGGAGAUUCGCCUGGAAGUUCUAAAAGAGCUGUUGAGGAAGCGUGAAGAGAAUCAGAAUGAAGUGAAUAUGAAGCACUUGAAUGCCCGGUGGUCUAAACUGCAGGAGGCAAAAGAGGCAAAAAUGGCAAAAAUUCAGCGCACACAUGUAUCAACAAUCAGAAAACUUGUAGGAAAGAGAAAGAAUAUAGAAGGGAAGUUGGAGAGAAGAAAUAUCAUCAAGGAUUAUUCUGAUUAUGCAUCACAGGUCUAUGGACCUCUGUCUCGUCUUGGGUGUUUCCCAGACAACAACUCAGAGGACUUUGUAGUAAAAAACUACUAUCUCAACACCUAUGAAGGAUUAGUGGAACUUGAGUCAUGUCUCCCAGAUUUUGUGACACAACCCCGAAUCAGAGCUCCAAAACCUAAAGUCGUUACCACCAAAGCUGGUUUUCUGAAGAGGGCAGCAAGGUUGGAUUAUGAGUUGGCAGAGAUUCAUAAGGCACUAUUGGAUAAGAAGAAUAAAGUUCUUGAAGCAAAGAAACCCCCUCGCUUCCUUCAAAGAAACCCAAUACCUCAACCUCGGCUUCCAACUCCAACCUUGGAAAUGACGUCCAAUGAAGAAGAAGAAAUAGAAAUGGCUGUGAUCUACCUUCAAAAGUUACUCCGGGGCAGAGUCGUUCAGAACAUGAUGUUUGAAGGGAAAGAAAAGCGACUGGAGUUGAUCCAGGAGUUGCGCACCUGCCACGCGCUACAAGAAGAUGAAAAGCUGGUGAAAAAAGCCGAGAAGCAAGUGACCCUGGCCUUACAGCGGCAGAGGAACUUGCAUGAGCACAAGGUGUCACUGGUUGAAAACCAUUUGGCUGGACUAGAAGGAAGGGCACUAGCAGACAUGUUUGACUUCCUGUCCAAAGAGCUGGUGAGACUGCAGGAGGAGAGGAGGAUCCAUGCCUUUGUCAUGCUGGCUGAGCGCCAGCGGCGGGUACGAGAGGCUGAAGAGAGUGGUCGGCGCCAGGUGGAAAAACAGCGCCUGCGGGAGGAGGACGAGAUAUUUAAGGAGGUAGUUAAAGUUCACCAUAGUACUAUAAGCUCCUACCUAGAAGACAUAAUACUGAAUACCGAAGCGAAUACUGCAGAAGAACAAGCCAGGGCAGAAAUAGAGAAGAUGGCUGAGAAAAUCAAUGACAUUGCUUAUGAAAUGGAAAGCCGCCGAACCUAUCUUCAGUCAGAGGAGAUUGUUGCUGAGUUGGUUUAUAGUUUUCUGAUCCCAGAGGUGCAAAAAUACUUUGUCAAAGAAAAAGUGAGGAACGCACAGCGGAAACAUAUUCUUGCAGCCCAUCAGAUCAUCCACAGUUACACGGAAAGCAUGGUUCAAAAGAGAUUAACUGAGAGAGAGCAAGAUGAGGCCUCAAAUGCUGCCAUGUUACUUGAGAAAGAAACUCAAAAUGAGAACAACAGCUAAGAUUGUGAUUUUUUUUUAAAAAAGAAGCUGUAUGAAUCAUCAUAAAGAAUUCCAAUAGUCUGCACUUCUCCCAAGGUGUGCACUGCUCAUAAACUUGCCAGUGUGUGAUUCAUGAGAAAGGAGAUUUAUUUUCCUUAAACAUCCAAUAAUUUAAAAUGAUUUUCAAUAAUAAUAAUCAAAUGAAAAAGCUUCAUUCUCUUCAAUGUCUUCUAGAUGCCCUGCUUAAAGAGAACAUUUUCUUAUAUCUCAUUUCAAUAUUUUGUUAACUAUGAGGAUGUGCUGGUUUGUUGAAUCAAACAAAAGGAAUGUUGUGGAAUAUUUUUCCAAGUAGUUUUAGUUCACUAUUCACAGGACAUUGGCAUUAUCUAUUAAGGCUGAAAAUGUGCAUAUUCCAUGACUCAGGAUUUUAUCUCCUAGAUAUAUAUUCAACAGAAAUGCAUGAGUAUGUGCACCAACAGGCAUGACAAAAAUAUUUAUAGUAGUGGUGUUCACAAUAGUCCCAAACUGGAAACGCAAGUGUCCAUCUCCAUUGGAACAGAAAACUAUACUUUGGUCUACUUCUACAGUGGCACAUCAACCCACCUUUGAGCUUUAGAUCUAAGAAGUGUGUUCAUGCAACAGCCAUAGAGAUGGUGCUAUUGAAAGGCAAUCUGCCCAUCCUGUGUAUUGACAAGCAUCAGGAUUCCAUGAGGAUUCUUCCUGAUUCAAAGACUGUCAAAUAGGAAAAAAACAGUAAAUGAACAAAAACAUCAACAUGGAGUUCAAGUAAUGAAUUUAUAAAGGAAAAUGUAUGCUACUCUGAAAACAAUAAAAGCUUAUGUUAGAAAAUAUCUUACUGUAAGAAACAAGGAAAAUUUCAGAAACAUUUGCUGGGUGUUUUUAAUAGGAGUCAAAAAGAAAGGGUCUUUUCAGAAACUGAAGUAGGAAAUAAUAACAGACAAGGUCAAAAAAUAGAUGCAUGCUGAAAAGAAAAGAAAGUGGGAUAAGAUGGGAAAAAUAUAAAAAGAUUUAAAAUCCAGCAACAAAAUUUACACAUUCAUUUGGAUGCAGUGAAAAAGGCAGAAAUAUCACAGCAGAGAGUAAAAUUGGUAAUGUUGGUGACACAUUUAUUAAGUGAUCCAACAUGGGAUGGGAAGGAAUGGGCAAAGAGAUUAAAAUGACAGAAGUUAGCUGUAGAUGACCUAUCCCACAGCAAUUGGAGUUCUUGAAGAAGAAACCAGAACAAAUAAAAUAGAAACAAUAAUCAGAGUUUAAUAAUUAAUUUUCUGAGUUUUUUAAAAAAGACUAAUUAUACAAACUUGAAAGGGCUCACCUUGCCCUAGCAAAACUAGGACUGGGACACCUUUUUUUCCCCCUGAGGAUCACUGACAAAAAAACACUGCACCAGUAAGGAAGCAACUAAAUUUUGUUUUGUUCUUUUAAAAAUGCUAACCUGAACUAGGUAAAGGUUAUAUCAUUCACUUUUGACAUAAAACAUCGAGAACACAAAAUGAGAAGUGAGUUAGGUUGGGCUGAUGGGAUAGAAGGUGGUAGGGGAAUGCUAUACAGCUGGGAACAGCAGACUUUCUGUGAAGGGCCAGAUGGGUUUGCGGGUCUGAUGGUCUCCAUCAUAACUGCGUAGUCAACUCUGCUGUUGUAGGGCAAGAGCAGCACUAGAUGACACAGAAAUGAAUGAACAUGACUGUGUUCCAGUAAAAUUUUAUUUUAAUUAAAAUCAAUUCAUGUUUGAAAAAGGAUUUAAAGUAGCUUCUAAUAAAGGACAUAUGUAAUGAAACUUAAAAUAUGAUAUUUUAUUUAAAAAUCUUUAUCCUUAUGUAGACUUCUAAAACUAUGUUUUGCAUUUAGACAGUCAAGGAAAAUACAAGUUGUUAUACAAUUCUCGUUGACUAAUUGAAGUUUACUAGGAGAGGAAAACUUUUUCUUGGUACCGGCAAUCUUUUACUUAUAAUGGCUUGAGUUAAAAUGCUCCAACUUUUCUAAUUAUUGCUUUUGAAAAUAAAACACCUAUAGUGACAAUAAAAACACACAUUUAAAGCCAUGUGGUCAUAGUGACUGGAGCCAUGUAGUGAAUUGGGGCUAGACUAGUACUGUCAAUAGCAAUACAAAAUCACAAUGAACUGUCUGAGGCAGAAAACUUUUUGCAUGGAUGCAUAAUCAGAUAUAGUGAAUCAUUGUAAAGAGAGGCAGUGCUUUAGCUUGAGGCAAGGUGAAAUCCAAAAGGAAAGUGCGCAGUGUGGGUAAAGGAUCUCUUCAGGAUGCGAAACUGUUAGCACAAAAUUGUUGGGAAUUCUAAGUUCCUGAAGUGCAGAACUCCCAGACAAAUUAUGUUAGAGCCUGAUUGUUAGUUCAAGAGGAGCUUCCACUGCUAACUCCCAUCCCCCUACUCAGUUCUAGGCCACUGGUACCCACUUGAGGGUAGAGUUGUAUUUAGCAACACUUGGAGUGAUUUUAUGCAACAAACUGCACAGAGGAUUAUAGACUCAGUUACUAGGGGAGUGGAGAAGGCCAGCAAGCCCCUGAGUUACACUGAAUGGCCUUGAAGUGUGCUUACCAAUUGUGGAACAAAAGCCAGCUAGAACCCUAGCAAUAUAGUAGGGUUAUGGGAUCUUUGGAGUGUUGCUUUUCUGGCUGGAAACCUCUGUGGACAGUGCGGCCUUUGCCUGAGUUCUUGUCCUGUGUCCAGGAAGAAUGAGGUAUGCAGCCAAGUGGAGGGUGAGCAAGAUGAACAGCAGCUUCAUUGAGUGUUACAACAGCUCAGAGGAGACCCACAGUGGGUAGCUUCUCUUUGUAGGCAGGUCAUCCGGUCGAGUGUUCAGCUCUCAGCAAAAAGGAGGCAAUGGAGUGGGUGGCUCCUCUCUGCAGGCAGGUCAUCACGAUGAGUAUUCAGCUCUCAACAGAGAAGGUAGCACCUCUCUGCAACUGGUCAUUCAGACAUCUCCUCUGCUCUGGCUGAGUCCACGGUUUUUUGAUCUUCAGAGAGGGGAAGUGCAUGCUGAUUGGUCCAUGGGUAGCCAUGGGCAGGCCCAGGAAAAAGCGAUAUAAGCUCCCCCUCCAGGCAGCAGGACUGGCAGCCCGGCGCCCAAGCUUCAGGCCUUCUCAGCAUGAAGGUGGGACUUCACUGGGGCCCUGCCCCCUUCUGCCCAGGAGCUGUCAGCCUCCCCUGUCAUUCAUGGCACCCAGGCUCUUCCUGCCAAGGGGUGCCUGCAGGCCAGCGCUGAGCUGCCCUCAGCACCCCCUCAGCUUCCCUCCUGUGCUCUUCAGUGCCCAAAGACAGGAGGGGGCCAAGGCAGCAGGGGGCUGGCAUGUCAGCACUGCCCUGAACGUGCACCCACCCUGCUGGCCUGUGACAGUGCACUGGCUCAGCCCCAACCUUGCUCCACAAUCAGAGCAUGCACCAGGAGUGGGGAGAAGCCAGGCAGCAGGAGCAGGCACUUCCAAGCCUGUGAGGGCAGGGGGACAUUCCAGGGCCCCCAAGAGUUCAGGGAUGCCUGAGUCUGCAACCGCAGUUUGGGCAGCUGCCGCUGUGCCCAGCAGCAGGCUCCUGCCUGCUCCCAGUCCCCCAAGAGCAAAGGGAGGCUCACAUCUGCAGCCACGGUUGGGUGGCUGAAGCCCUACUGGGAGGCCAGGGUCUACAGCCAUGGUUUGGGUGGCUGCAGUGGCACCAGGGGAGCUCCCACCCCAACUCAGAAGGGGCAGGGCUCCCACUUGUCCCUAGCUCCCACCGGCUCCAUGGAGGGUGCAGCCUUGGCUGCACCUCCCUGCUGCAGCCAGUGAUGGCAGUGGCAGUACGUCUGAAGUGGCCACUGCCAUCAGUAGCAUGGAAGUUAAGAGAGCAGGCUCUGGACCCAGACUGUCCGGAUUGAAAUCACAGUCCAAGUUCAGUGUGUCAGACAGGUUAUUUAAUCCCACUGAGCCUUAGCUUCCUCAUGUGUAAAAUGGUAUAACCAUAGGUUGUACGUCAUGAGGUUGAUGUUGGGAUGUAAUGAAUUAAUUUAUAUAAAAAGCUUAGCAGGCAACACACAGUAAAUACCCAAUAAGCACCAAGUAGCUAAUUUUACUAUCACAAAGGGAUAAAGGACAAAAGAGAAAUAGGUGGAGCAUGUUUCCUGCUUAUAAGGAAAACGACCACACCUACCACUGUAUAGACAGUGGCGCAGUGGAUAUCAGUCUCUAACCCAUCAGAUGAGUUUCUCGGUCUCAUUUGGAGAACAAUAAGAGACAGAGAGAAUAUGGAUGUGCUAUCAUCUGCCCCUCCCCUAACCCCUCCAGCAAGAAAGGGAUAGGAAUGUGUACCUCAUGUUCUGUAGAAACUUGAGGUGUUGAGAAUAAGAGCUCCCUCCCUACCAGAUAUCAGUGCAGUAGAAGGAAGCCAUAAGUAUUGCGCAGAAGAACUUCCCAGAAAACUCAGCUGCAAUCAUUGAAGGAGGCAUCUUUUAUGAUAGGUGGCACAUGAGGAAACUGGAAGUGAGGACUAUAAUGGUUCUUGGCUGUGGCUGCAUGCUAAAACCACCUGAGUACUUUAAAAAAAAAAAAGGGCUUCUUGGGUUUCACCUCGGGUCAAUUAAGAUAGAAUCUUUAGAAGUGGAGCCCAAGCAAAUGGAUUUUUUUUUUUUAAAGUUUCCCAAGUGAUUUAAUGUACAUUCCAAAUUGAGAAUAGAUGACGUGUUUCCCGAGGAAAUUGUCCCUCUCCAAGCAUUUACCAUUCAGACUUACUACAGAAGAUAUGUCUUCAGUCCAGGUUCUAAUUAUAUUUUCUUUGUAAAGCGUAAAGAAACUCAAAGACACACACACAAAAAAAAUGUGUGAGAAAACACUGAUACUGGACGUAGUCAUAACACUUGGUACUUCCUCAAUAACACACUUGAUAGCAAUUUCCUGCGUAAUCGUCUCUCUCACUGGCGUGUGAGGGCAGGGCAGCAGCUGUAACUAGUGAGUUCAUUUGUUUUCAUUUGCAAUGCUUAGCCAGUCCAGUCUCUGGCACCUAUCAAUCCCUCAGCAGGUAUUUAUUGAAUGAAAUUCUACAUACUUAAUGUUUGUAAAAGCAAACGUUUGUGUGGUUUUAGAGAUCAUUUAUUAUGUCUUGGCAUAUUACGGUAUGAAAUGAGUUUCAAGGACAUAAUUCUAAUUUAUAACAUUCAUUCCUUAUAAGUGUUUAACUUUUUGGGAUUCAACUUGUGAAUGUUAUCAAGGAACCAAGUAAGUCAUAAAGGAAGGGAGAGGCCUUCUGUAUGACAUCCUAAAAGGAAUUUAUCCCAUUUAUCCUUGUACAAAAGACAUUCGACAGCUUAAGAAACCUCCAACAGAAGUUUCAGAGAAGAAGCAAAAAUGUUCUUUUCACUGUUUCUUUUAUUUUUAAUAAAAAUUAAAGAUAUUUUAUUAAAACAUAUCUAUAAAAUCAGCUUUCAAUUAUGUCAGAAUGAAGAGGUCAGCAAUACUCCUCCACUAAAAAAAAACCAUACAACUGGGCAAAAUUGACAAAAGCAUCCAGGGAACUAGAAAUCUACUAGAGAUGGGCAGCAAGUUGAAAAGCUUCUAGAGAUUCAAGGAGAAACAGCAGAAGGCUAAUUCUUUCCCCCACCUCCCAUCAAGCUCAAUCAGCAAGAAUCGUAGUUUUCCAGUUUGGAGUUGGCCAAAAACCCAGUGGCUCUUCUGCCAGAGGAAAAAUACUUAUAAAUUUUUAAAUGUCAAUAUUUAGGGUCGAGAAGUGGCAUGAAGUCUUGUGACUUUGCACAUACUAAAAGUAGCAAACUCAGAAAUGAAUAGGGAAAGGCCACAGCUUUGUUAGCCCAAGGAUGCAGUCCCAGAGUGCAAACCAACCAGAGUGCUAAUGGGGAGAUCCUGGAAGGGUUGAGACAAGUUUUCCACAUACCCCUGGCUGACUGAGAAUACAAAAAAACUAACCCAGAAAAAGGAAAAAAAAAGGAGAAACAUAAGACUAAAAUCAAGUUGGGACAAAUAGAAAAUAAAUCACAAAAUGAUACACCUCAACUCAACUUUAACAUGCAUUAAAUAUUAGUGUAUUAAAACUCCAAAUAAAAGGCACAGAUGUCAAAAUGGUUUUUUGUUUUGUUUUUUUUCUUAAAAUUGUUUUGGAAAAAAGCGAAAUCAAGCAUAUGAUUUACAAGAGACACUUCUAAAUAUAAAAACAGUAAUAAUGAAAGUAAAUAGAUGGAAAAUGAUACAAUAGGAAAAUAUUUAGCAUAAGAAAACUAGACUGGUUCUAUUACUACAGCUGACAAAAACAAAUUCGAAGCAGAAAGUAUUACCAGAGAUAAAGUAGGAUAUCUCAUAAUAAUAAUAAAUGAAAAUUAAAUAUUCUUACCCGUUUAUGCCCCUAAUAACUGAGCUUCAAAAUGCACAAAGCAAAACUAACAAAUAAAGAAGUAAACAAAUCUCCAAAGUUGAAGCCUUAACACCUUCUUCUAAUAGCAUAGAACAAUUAGACAAGAAAUCAGUAAAGUUUAGAAGAUUUUAACAAAACUACAUACCUUUGCUUGACACUAAUCAGAACACUAUACCCAACCACUGCAGAAUACAUAUUCUUUUCAAGUGUACAUGGAACAUUUAUCAAGAUAAGCCAUAUUUUGAGCCACAAAACAUCUUUAUAUGUUUCAAAAAAUGGAAAUCUUAUAAAAUGUUAUCUGACCACAGAAACAACUAACUUAGAAAUCAGGAACAGAUACAUAUUUUUAGAAAAUCCUCAAACAUUUGGAAGUUAAACAAUGUAUCUCUAAAUAACCUUUGGAUCAAAGAAGAAAUAACAAAGGAAAUUAGAAAAUACUUUGAUGUGAACAAUUGAGAAAAUACAACUUAAAAAUUUGUAGGAUGUAGCAAAAGCAGUGCUUACAGAGAAACGGUAGCUAUAUAUACUCAUGUUAGAAAAGAGGCUUAAAACCAGUUAUCUAAGUUCCCACUUAAGGAAGAUACAGAAGAAAGGCAAAGUAAAACCAAAGUAAGUAGUAGGAGAGAUGUUUUAACAUAUACGAGAGCAGAAAUUAAUGAAACAGAAAGCUUAAAAUGAUAGAGAAAAUUGACAAGAACAAAAUUUUAUUCUUUGAAGAGACUGGUCAAAAAAGAGAAAUCACAAAUUAUCAACAUCACGAACAAGAGAGGGUAUCACUAUAGUGGAAGAGAGAAUGUCACUAUAGAUGUUACAGGCAUUAAAAGGAUAAUAAAGGAAUUUUUGAAAACUUUAUGACAGUAAAUAUGAUAGCUUAGAUGAAAUGGAAAAAGUCCUUGAAGCAGAAUUUACCAAACGAUAUACAAUGAUAAAUAGAAAAUCUAUAUAUCCUUGUAUCUAUUAAGUAAAUUGAAUUUGUUAUCAAAAACAUUCCCAUAAAGAAACAUCCAGGCCCAGGUGGUUUCAGUGGUGAAUUCCAUCAAACAUUUAAGGAAGAGAUAAUGCCAAUCUUAUACAAACUCUUUCAGAAAAUAUAGAGGAAACACUUUGCAUCACAUUUUAAGAGACCAGUAUAAUCAUAUCAUCUGAAGAGAUAAGAAAAUAAGGUUACAGGUCUAUAUCAUGAUUACAAUUGCAGUGUUGGUGGUAUAGUGGUGAGUAUAGCUGCUUUCAGUGAUUAUGAAUGCAAAAGUCAUUAAUGAAAUAUGACCAAAACAAAUCCAGAAUUCCAAAAAAGAGAGAGACAGAGUAUUAUUCAGGACAAAGCACAUUUAUUCCAAAGAUGCAAGGUUAGUACAGCAUUAGAAAUAUCAAUGUAAUUCAACAUAUUAAUAGAAAAAAGAUAAAAAGCAUAUGAUCUUAAUGGAAAAAUUAACACAGUUCUACACUCAUUCAUGUUUAGAAAUUCUCAAAAAACUAGGAUAAAAAGGAACUUCCUCAACUUGACAAAAGCAUCUAUAAAGAUGACAGCUAGCAUCAUAGCUAAUGGUGAAAUAUUGAAUGUCCCCCACAAGGAUAUCUACCCCCACCACACUGCUAUUUAAUAUUGUAUUAAUCGUUCCAACUAAUGCAAUAAGAAAAGAAAAAAAGCAUAAAGAUCAGAAAAGAAGAAAACUGUCUUUCUUUGCAGAAAACAUAAUUAUUUACAUUGAACAUCCUCAGUAAUACUAAGGAAUAACUACUAGAACUA